AUGCUGGAAGUUCAAAAGAACAAGCCUGGAGGCGGAGGACGGCCCAUUAUUUUCGCCCUCUCCAACCCCAUGACCCAAGCAGAACUCACAGCAGCGGAUUGCUACAAGUUCUCCGACGGUCAAGCAAUUUUCGGCUCUGGAACCCGUUUCCCGCCAGUGGAUUUCAACGGCAGGACGCGAAUACCCGGCCAAGUGAACAACUUCUUCAUCUUCCCGGGCAUGUCUUUUGGAGCGUACUGGUGUGAGGCGAAGAAGAUUCCAGACAAAUGGUUCAUGGUCGCGGCAAUCACUGUGGCACAGUCCCUCGAUGACAAGGACCUGGAGGCAGAGUCGGUGCUGCCGCAUCCUUCUCGCAUUCAGCAAGUCAGCCACAAUGUGGCGGUUAAAGUCGCUAUGGCCGCGCAACGUGACGGCUUGGCGCAGCACCAAUUGGGUGAUGACAUCACCGGAGUCAGCACUGCAUUGAAGGUGCGCCGAUGGGCGCCGCUUCGCGUGCCUGAGGGAGUCAAGGUCAUGGACAUCUGCCUGGGUUCCUUAGUCACUCCCCGGAACAUCAAGGAUGUUGUCGCGCUCCUCAAAAAGGAGGUGAUCAAGACGCUGGGCUACGAGGCCUCCAACACCGAAGGCAACCUGGAGUACCGGCGGCUGCUCAUCAGAGCACUGCAUGCUUGCACAGGGCAAUACCCUGAUCAAGCUCAGAGCGUGAUGUUCCUUUUGAUGGACUUCUUGACCGAGUCUGACCAGAUGACGGCAACCGAAGUAGUCAUGUUCCUUCGUGAGUUGAUCGCCAACUACACAGAGAUGCGGCUGCCCAUUCUGCAACGCCUUGCCGAGUGCAUUGCCGACGUCUCGCAGUCGCGUGUCCUGCGAGGUUGUCUCUGGCUGUUCGGCGAGUACUGCGAGGAUGAAGCUCUCAUUGAGAAUGUCAUCCAGGGUGUGCUUGCGGCGGUCAGGCCGCUGCCCCUCGUCCUGGAAGAUGCAUCGAAAGACAAGAAAGACUCCAGCAACAGCGAGAAGAAACAGCAGGAGAAGAAGCCGCCGAAGAUCACCACCAAAACAGUGGUGUUGGCAGAUGGCACGUACGGCACUCAGAAUGUUUACGAAGGAGGCGAAGGAGAAGAGGAAGAGGCUCCUGAGGAGAAGGCGAAGACUGAGUCAAAGAAGACGGCCUUUCGGACGUUGCUGCUUGGUGGCGACUUCCUCCUCUCCGCAAUGGUAGGUGUGUCGAUGACAAAGCUGUGCAUGAAGCUGAAGAAGCUGCCUGUCGGGGUUCGUAACGAGGUGCUGUUGGUCAUUGCGAACCUUUUCAAGCUCGUGAAGCAGCAUGCUUGUGGUGGCGAGAAGUGUGACAGUGCCGUCCGACUCAGUCAAUGCAUCCGAGCGUUUGCAGUGCUCGGCAAUUCGCAGCUCUCGGACUCGCAGCGUGCAGCUGCCCAGCUAGUACAAGGCGACUGGACGUCCAAUCAUGGACGAGACCAGCUGGCAAAGGUGCUGGAGCUUGCAGCACAAAACUCGGAGUGGGCGCUCGGUCAGGAGGAAGAGGUGCAGGAGAAGAGCGUUGGGCCAGACGAGUGCGUCAUGUUUCGGCAGCUUCGCGAAAGAAAGGGUGGAAUUGGACCAACAGGUGCCAUGGACGAUGAUGAGGACUUUAGUGCCGCUCGUGGCGCCUUCCUGGCGCAGGCAGCCGCCGAUGGUGCGCUGUUUGCAGAGCGCUUGGCCAAGGUGCAGCAGAUGACAGGCCUGGCUGACCCUGUUUAUGUGGAGGCGUUCCUACAGGUGCACUCCUUCGACCUUAUGCUCGAGCUCCUCGUAGUGAACAGAACCAGCGAGACGCUGCAAAACGUUCUCAUCGAGUUGAGCACACAGGGAGACUUGAAGAUUGUGGACAGACCGUCUGCAGUGACGCUUGCAGCAGGUCAGCAAAUGACGCUCCACGCCUCUAUCAAGGUAGCGUCAACAGAGACUGGCAUCAUCUUUGGCUAUGUCACGUUCGAAAAGAAGAGCGCAGCAGACAAGGAAUGCUCUGUUCUGAACGAGCUGCACGUAGAUAUCCUGGAUUACAUAGAACGAUCCUGGAUCAACGAGCUAGCCUUCCGGACCAUGUGGUCGGAGUUUGAGUGGGAGAACAAGGUGAACAUCAACACCUCCAUAACGGAGGUGGGGACGUUCCUGGAACACAUCAUGAGAAACACCAACAUGUCUAUUGUCGGUAGAAGCUACAAGAAAGGCGGUGACAACAAGACUCAGAAGAAAGGUAAGCUUACAGCUGAAGAUGUCCAAGAGAUGCUGCGAGAUGCUGUGGGGAUCAAGAAACUCAUUGACACCUCUAGCUUCGUGGCAGUCAACCUCUAUGCCAAGUCCAUCUUUGGCGAGGAUGCGCUCGCGAACAUCUCCAUAGAGAAGCUGCCAGACGGCAAGCUGACAGGCAGCUGCCGCAUUCGCUCCAGAACACAGGGCAUCGCUUUGUCCCUGGGCGACCGCAUCACCAUUGUGCAGAGGGGUGUCCAGGCCUUUGCGCUGAUGGAGGAAACGCGGAUGUCGAUACCAGCAGGAGUGCAGAAAAUGACAAGCAGGCACCAGCGCUUCGUGCCGGUCGGCCCGGCAGAGCCAGGAACAGGGUCAUAG